AGUCUUGCACAGGUGCACCGGCCCCUCCCCUCCAGUCUUGCACAGGUGCACCGGCUCCUCCCCUCCAGUCUUGCACAGGUGCACCGGCUCCUCCCCUCCAGUCUUGCACAGGUGCACCGGCUCCUCCCCUCCAGUCUUGCACAGGUGCACCGGCUCCUCCCCUCCAGUCUUGCACAGGUGUACAGACUCCUCCCCUUCAGUCUUGCACAGGUGUACCGGCUCCUCCCCUCCAGUUUUGCACAGGUGCACCGGCUCCUCCCCUUCAGCCUUGCACAGGUGCACCGGCUCCUCCCCUUCAGCCUUGCACAGGUGCACCGGCUCCUCCCCUUCAGCCUUGCACAGGUGCACCGGCUCCUCCCCUUCAGCCUUGCACAGGUGCACCGGCUCCUCCCCUUCAGCCUUGCACAGGUGCACCGGCUCCUCCCCUUCAGCCUUGCGCAGGUGCACCGGCUCCUCCCCUUCAGCCUUGCGCAGGUGCACCGGCUCCUCCCCUUCAGCCUUGCGCAGGUGCACCGGCUCCUCCCCUUCAGCCUUGCGCAGGUGCACCGGCUCCUCCCCUUCAGUCUUGCGCAGGUGCACCAGCUCCUCCCCUUCAGUCUUGCGCAGGUGUACCGGCUCCUCCCCUUCAGUCUUGCGCAGGUGUACCGGCUCCUCCCCUUCAGUCUUGCGCAGGUGCACCGGCUCCUCCCUUGCACU